AUGUUUGCGGCGCGUGCCUUGCGCCGGCAUCGGUGGCAGCGAUAUCCCGCAACGCAGCGACCAUAUUCAGUUUCCAUCCAACAAGACAGCCAUACCCGGGUCAAGACCAUCGCAGAUCUCAAGGAAUUUCGGUCAACCCAACAUGUCUCAGACGUCACAAUAUGUGGCUGGGUACGCUCAGUCAGGAAGAGCGCCAGCGUUCGCUUCAUCGACGUGACCGACGGCUCCUCUAUGCGUCCUAUCCAAGCCGUCGUUGAUAAGCCGCUUGCAUCAGACAUUCGGCCAGGCUCAGCAGUCCGUCUCCUCGGCACUUGGAGAAAUGGGACAGAGGUCGACCAAGAUCCUUCACCUUCUUCCACAGAGGAGACGACCAAGACAGAAACAGUGGCCUAUGAGCUACAGGUUCAGCAGGUUGACAUCCUAGGUGCAUCAGACCCUCAGACAUAUCCUAUCCAGAACAAGUACCAGACCCCCGAGAGUUUGCGCACAAUCUCACACCUCCGAUGUCGCACCCCAAUGAACAGCACCCUUUUGCGUUUCCGCUCAGACGCCACCGCCCUCUUAACACACUUUUUCUUUAGCCAACAGUUUCAGCAGACACACCCACCCAUUAUCACAUCUUCAGACUGCGAGGGUGCUGGAGAGGCGUUCACCGUCCAGGCCCCUGGGAAAGGCCAUUUCUUUAGGAGCCCCAAGUACCUCACCGUGUCGACCCAGUUGCACCUAGAGUCCUUGGCCCAAGCCCUUGGCAACGUAUGGAGUCUAUCUCCCACUUUCAGAGCCGAAAAAAGCGACACGUCUCGGCAUCUCAGCGAGUUUCAAAUGCUAGAAGCAGAAAUGAGUUUUGUCAACAACAUGGCUGAUGUCAUGGACUUGGCUCAGCGAAUGCUCGUCUCACUCACGACAGGACUCAAGGGCCUCCGUGCAACCAAGGAACUAGAGCACAAUAGAAUAGAUGCCAAAGAACGCGCCGAAAAGCUGGCAUUUGAGGAUCUUGAGACCUCCGAGGUUCUGAUUCGCCGAUGGAACGGCAUGAUGACUGCGAAGGCUUGGCCCAGGCUCACAUACACCGAGGCCAUAGACAUGUUGCAGCCAGUAGCAGAACAAUUCACGCACAAGCCUGUAUGGGGUGCAGGACUCCAGUCGGAACAUGAAAAGUACCUUGCCGAGAAGGUCGGCUACGACGAGGUAAACGAUGCAUACCUUCCCGUCUUUAUUACACAAUAUCCUCGCGAGAUCAAGGCUUUCUACAUGCUCAAAUCGACCGAUUCGCUGGCACAAGGUCAAACUGUCGAUUGCUUUGAUCUCCUGGUUCCCGGUCUCGGCGAGCUAGCGGGAGGCUCUAUGCGUGAGCAUCGCUUGUCAGAGCUAGAGGAGAGCAUGAGGUUACACGGAUUGCCCGUGCCUGACGCCCGCCAAUCCGGAAAUAACAACCUCGGUUGGUACCUGGACCUGCGGCGAUGGGGAUGCCCACCGCAUGGCGGAUUUGGUCUCGGCUUCGACCGACUUCUCAGCUACCUUACCGGCGUAACCAAUAUUCGCGACGUGGUACCCUUUCCGCGCCACUUCGAGCGCUGCGACUGCUAG